AUAUUACAAGGUUUUUAUUUUUUAUCGGCUAUGGUUGCUGUUUACACCUGAUGUACAUGCGUAUAGUCUAUCGAUGGUAGUAUAGGGUUUUAAUCACUAAAAGGACAGUGGAUUUUAACGAUAGCAUAACAUACAGUGUAUCAGGAUUUCUGUUCACGUCUUAGUUUUCAUAGAGGAAGUGACAGACCGUAGUGGUUUUUUAAGGAAUAUGACAUAAUGCAGGAGGAUAUAUUUGGUUACUUGUUCUGUGAGUUCCCGGUAGUCACAAUUCGUUCGGGUUCUAGUAACUGCUUCACUGCCUUUUGUUAGAUUCCAUAAUAAUUUGACCGACAUGAAGAUGGCAAGGGAUUAAGUCUUUUCUCCUUUUGUUCAGCGUCUCUCCAGUUCCUUUGAAGUAUAUUUUUAUAUGAUGUCUUUAAUUUUGUAUGACUAGAUAAUGGAUAUCAUCUUGCACGAUGGACAUAUAUCCUGAUUCAAUUCAAAAUGACUACACUGGCUGGAACCUGACCGGGUCUGCUCCCUGCAUAGGUAAACCAGACUCCGAGUAUCUUACACCGUAUUACUCGGAGCCACAGUACGAAGAACUGUCUCAAACAUUAGUGAAACUUCCUGCAUCUCAACAGGUCGAACCUACACAACACGCACCGCUUAAUCCUACACCCCACACCAGUGUCAGUGAGUACAUCACACCUAUCCCUGGAGGAGACAGGAGACAAUGCAGCAAGCCAACACUUACCCUACUUCGUAAUUUCCUAAUAUCCGGAAUUUUUAAUAUUCUUCUACUUGCUGUGUUAGCUCAUUUCUCAUACACAGCUUAUAUCUUGAACAAUAGUCCUGAAGAUUCUCAACCCAUGAAAGCUCCCCCUCCUUCAGCAGCCACAAUACUCAGAGGGCUAGAGGGAACUGAACUGUGUUUCUUCACAAAGCACAUACGAUGCAAGGGUGGGUUACUGAGAAAAUCACAUGAAGGUGUUCGGAGCGUCAGUUCGAGGAAUUCUUCAUUGGAGAACAGUUUUCAAACUGAAUUUCCAUCAAUGUGCUGCUACUAUCAAUCACAAUCAAUACAGAAACUAGCUCACCUGUUCGUAUUGGUGAAAAGCCAUAACAAGGUCAGGAAAGUGAACACCAGUCACCCAGACUUCGUGAUGACAAGUGACAUGUCGAUUGCUUGUAAAAUGGCCGUUUCUGCAGAUCGAAGAUUACAGAUGUAUGAUAAUAAGGAUAUCAACUGUAACGGAGGCAUACAUGUUAAAAGGACCCGUAUGCACUUUCUAUAUCUUUAUUUAGAAAUUAACUGCAGUAUGCAUGGAACCAAUGUCAUACGAGCUGGCGUCAAAUCGGAGGACGAAGUAGUUGCAGAGAAAGAAAUGCACUGUGACAAAAAGGCCGGUUUCAUGACUCUGUCUGUCUUUUUGUUUAAAAACCUGACGCAAGGGGCAAUACUUGUUCCCUUUGUAUCACACACACAAUGUGUAAAUAAUGAUAAGGACAGCAACAGAUUUGAAAUCUUGACCUUAUGAAAAUAAUACACUCCGUCAUACGCCGUGGUGGUUUUGUUUCCAUUUUCUCCACUAUGCAACAUUUCAAAGAGAUAUGUAUAUAGAUAUGUAUAUAGAUGAGUUUAUUGAUAUGUAUAUAUAUAUGUACA